GGCCGCCCCGGGCCGCUCGAUGAAAGGAGAUAAGCCGGGGACCGUUUCCAGGUUCCCCGCGGGCCGACCCCGGCAGCCCGGGAGCCGCGGCGCGGCCGAGAGCCCGCGGAUCAAAGGCGUCGGCGGGGAGAGGGGGCGGGGGCCCGGCCGCCGGCGGGGACUCCGGGGCUGCCCGGCCGCCGGCAGGGGAGCGCGGGGUGCGCAGGAACCUUUGUACGAGAGGGGGACGGCGUGGAGAGCGCGCCCGGGACCCCCGGCGCCUCGGAGCCCCCGCCGUGCGCUCCGGCGCGGCGCCCGGACCGGCCUGCAGGCCGCGGCGAGCGGGCGCCCGCGCCUCCCCGGCUCCUUCCUUCGUCGUCCCCGCAGCCCCGCGCUGCGCGUGUUCCUGAUUUCAGGGGAGCGCGGCGCGGGGAGCUGCGGACCCCCGGGCGGGGCGCUCCCAGCCGAGGGGGCUCCGUGGUGGGGCUGGGUCCGCGGACACCCGGGGAGCAGCCCAUGCCCAGGGCGGCAGAGGAGCGGCCGCCCCCCCCCAGGCCCCCUGCACCUCGCUGCUCCUGUGCGCGGGGCUCGCCAGGAGUCACAGGUGCGUGGCCUUGCGCACACAAAGCCGCGGAGGAGACUGCAGACCGCCUUGCCGCCCGCAGCCCGGACGCCCCUGCACCCCGAAGCCUCUCCCAGCCCUGGAGCCCCCUCGGCCGCGCCUGGACACAGCAGCGGCGGCCCUGGCCACCGGGAAAUCGUCAACGCGUUUGAGCAGGCGGCAGUGGGGCCUUCCCUAAAAUCCAGGCCGAGCGGCUCCCGCCAUUGUUCCCCGGGCCAUUAGUCAAAGGGCAAAUUAGAAACAAUUUCUU